AUGGGUAUGGGUGAGCCCAUGCUGAACCUCAAAGCAGUUCUGGAGGCUCACCAAUGCUUGAAUAAGGAACUAAAGAUUGGGCAAAGGAUGAUGACAAUCUCAACAGUAGGUGUUCCCAACACGAUAAGUAAGCUAGCAUCCCACAAGCUUCAGUCGACACUGGCAGUCAGCCUGCAUGCCCCAAAUCAGAGGCUGCGCGAAACAAUUGUUCCAAGUGCAAAGGCAUAUCCUCUGGAAGCACUAAUGGAUGAUUGCAAGAAUUAUUUCCUCGAAACUGGACGCAGGGUAUCCUUCGAGUACACUCUGCUAGCUAGGAUUAACGAUGAAAAGGCGCACGCUGAAGAACUUGCAGCGCUGCUGCAUGCAUGUGGAGGUGGUUAUCACGUGAACUUGAUUCCCUAUAACCCGGUAGAAGGAUCUGAGUACAAGAGGCCGUACAGAAAAGCGAUUCAAGCGUUUGUUGAUGCACUAGAAUCUCGGAAGAUCACAGUCAGCGUUCGACAGACCCGUGGGCUUGACGCUAAUGCGGCUUGUGGGCAGCUCAGGAAUGAGUUCCAGAAGAAUCCUCUGCUCGAGUCGUCCCCACCCUCUGAGCCCAACCAACUGCUCGAGUCGUCUACGCCCUCGGAGCCCAGCCUUGUUCCCGCUUAG